UUGUUUCGGUUGGCAGUCUAGGUGGUAGGGGUAGUGCCGGCAACCUGAAGCAAGGAACUGCAGCGAGGGUUAGAACUUCCAAGGCAGUUUAGAGCUGGGGACUGAGCUGCUGUGGUGCAGUCAGAUCAUGAGCCCGACCACGCCCUCGGGAGAGUGGUUCCUGAACCUGUGGGUGUCCCCCGCCGGGGUAUUUGGUGUGGCCUUCCUUGCCCGAGUGGCCCUGGUUUUCUAUGGGCUCUUCCAGGACCGGACCCUGCUCGUGAGGUAUACAGACAUCGACUACCAGGUCUUCACCGACGCCGCGCGUUUCGUCACGGAAGGGCGCUCCCCUUACCUGAGAGCAACGUACCGUUACACUCCGCUGCUGGGGUGGUUCCUCACUCCCAACAUCUAUCUCAAUGAACUCUUUGGAAAGUUUCUCUUCGUCAGCUUCGAUCUCCUCACCGCCUAUCUCGUAUACCGGCUACUGCUUCUUAAGGGGCUGGGUCGCCGCCAGGCUUGCGGUUACUGUGUCUUUUGGCUUCUUAACCCCCUACCUAUGGCGGUGUCCAGCCGAGGCAAUGCGGACUCAAUCGUCUCUUCCCUGGUGCUUAUGACCCUGUACCUAAUAGAAAAAAGGCUGGUCGCGUGUGCCGCUGUAUUCUAUGGUUUCGCAGUGCAUUUGAAGAUGUAUCCGGUGACCUAUAUCCUUCCCAUAGCACUCCACUUGCUUCCGGAACGCGACAGUGACGAAGGCCUCCGUCAAUCCCGGUAUUCUUCCCAGGCUCGUCUGUAUGAAUUCAUGAAGAGGCUGUGUAAUCGGGCUGUGCUGCUCUUCGUAGCCGUUGCUGGACUCACGUUUUUUGCCCUGAGCUUCGGUUUUUACUACAAAUAUGGUUGGGAGUUUUUGGAGCACACCUACCUUUAUCACCUGACCAGGCGGGAUAUCCGUCACAACUUCUCUCCAUACUUCUACAUGCUGUAUUUGACCGCAGAGAGCAAGUGGAGUUUUCCCCUGGGAAUUGCUGCAUUCCUGCCACAAUUCAUCUUGCUUUUAGCCGUGUCUUUCGCUUAUUACAGAGACCUUGCCUUUUGUUGUUUUCUUCAUACGUCUGUUUUUGUGACAUUUAACAAAGUCUGCACCUCCCAGUACUUUCUUUGGUACCUCUGCCUCCUGCCUCUUGUGAUGCCACUAGUGAGAAUGCCUUGGAGAAGAGCUGUGGUUCUCCUGAUGUUAUGGUUCAUAGGGCAGGCCUUAUGGCUGGCUCCUGCUUAUGUUCUUGAGUUUCAAGGAAAGAACACCUUUCUGUUUAUCUGGUUAGCUGGUUUGUUCUUCCUCCUUAUCAACUGUUCCAUCCUCAUUCAAAUCAUUUCCCAUUACGAGGAGGAACCCCUGACAGACAGAACCAAAUAUGACUGAAAGAUGCUCCAGUUCUUCUGCAACUUCCAUUCUGAUUGUUCUGAAUGGACCAAAGAGAGCUUUGGAAAGAAUGUUUUUGAACAUCCUAAGCACUCUAGUGAAACUUCGGUUUAGAGCAUAAAACCCUAUUCCAACAAAUUUAAAUGAAUAUUUGCCUUAUAAAGGGGACUCAGUAACUGAGGUCCACCCUUUAGGAAGUCUCAGGACUCAUUUAUCUGGGACAUGAUGGGAAGUAAAGGUUACUAGUUUGAAUACAGAAGAGCUGGGGCUUCCCUGGUGGCUCAGUGGUUAAGAAUCCGCCUGCCAAUGCAGGGGACACGGGUUCGAGCCCUGGUCCGGGAAGAUCCCACAUGCCGCGGAGCAACUAAGCCCAUGUGCCACAACUACUGAGCCUGCGCUCUAGAGCCCAUGAACCACAACUAUCGAAGCCCAUGCGCCUAGAGCCUGUGCUCUGCAACAAGAGGAGCCACCGCAAUGAGAAGCCCGUGCACCACAACGAAGAGUAGCCCCCGCUCACUGCAACUAGAGAAAGCCUGCGCCCAGCAACGAAGACCCAACGCAGCCAAAAAAAAUUAUUAGGCUAAAUUAAAAAGCAAUUUAAAAAAAACAGAAGGGCUGAUGAAAUUAUCAGAUGCUAAAAGGUUUUUGUGGAAAAUAGAGGAAACAUAAAGUCAAAAAACAUAAAAUUCUAAGCCAGUAUUUGUUCCAGUAUUUAUACUGUGGUACUCUCUGAAACUGUCUUAUCUUUUGUACUAUCUGAAGCUGUUUUAUCUUUUAACUCCCACUUUUUCGUUCUGAAGCUUUCUUGAUAACUGAAAACUCAUAAAAUGUUCCUAAAGUACAGCUUUUAGAUAUGAAGUGUUAAAUAAUGAUGCUGUGCUUAGGU